GACGCCGAACCAAUCCCAACCUCAUAUAACCAUAUUUAUGGAAGAUCGCGCCAAACUGUAUUAGCAAGAGGGCCCCAUUAUACCCUCUCCUGCUCUCUGGAAAAAGGCAGGCACACCUACCACUGUGUGUUCAAAGAAAUAUCUGAAGUUUACUCUACAUGAUUUAAUACUCUGCUCAGCGAGUUCAAUGGUGUUUUCAUGGUGUUUCACCUGUAAACACAAUCUGGGUUGGGAAGAGGAGGCAAGAUCGGUGCUUUUGGGGAGAGGGGAAGAAGGGGUGCCGGAAGCGGGAAGCCCAGAAGUAAACCAUGUUGCAGGGACCUCUUGCUCUGAGUCUGGUGAAAGGGUCUGUUCUGAUGAUCAUUUGUUCGUUGAAAUUCCAGACACUGCCCAUCAAAUUAGCCAAGACUCAUGGUUUCAAGUCGGAUUUGUUCUUACCACGGGGAUAAACAGUGCCUAUGUAUUGGGAUAUUCUGGGGCCAUCAUGGUUCCAUUGGGUUGGAUUGGCGGUGUUGCUGUGGGAUAUUCUGGGGCCAUCAUGGUUCCAUUGGGUUGGAUUGGCGGUGUGGUUGGACUAAUUUUAGCAACCGCCAUAUCUUUGUAUGCAAAUGCCUUAGUUGCCAAGCUUCAUGAAUAUGGAGGAAGGAGACAUAUCAGGUAUAGAGACCUUGCAGGAUUUAUAUACGGUAGAAAAGCUUAUUCUCUUACAUGGGGACUGCAGUAUGUGAAUCUCUUCAUGAUCAAUGUUGGAUAUAUCAUUUUAGCUGGCAAUGCUCUUAAGGCUAUGUAUGUUCUUUUUCGAGAUGACAAUAUCAUGAAACUCCCACACUUCACUGCAAUAGCAGGGCUUGCAUGUGGUCUUUUUGCGGUGGCCGUACCCCAUUUAUCAGCACUGCGGGUUUGGUUGGCAUUUUCAACAUUGUUUAGUCUUGUGUACAUUGUCAUAGCAUUUGCUCUGGCCCUUAAAGAUGGCAUUGAAGCUCCUCCCAGAGAUUAUAACAUUCAUGGAACAAAAGCAAGCAGGAUUUUCACAACUAUUGGUGCAUCAGCAAAUCUUGUUUUUGCCUUCAAUACUGGAAUGCUCCCGGAAAUACAGGCAACUGUGAGACAGCCCGUUGUUGAGAACAUGAUGAAAGCUCUGUAUUUUCAGUUCACAGUUGGAGUCGUGCCAAUGUACGCAGUUACCUUUAUUGGAUACUGGGCCUAUGGCUCCAAUGCAUCAACCUACUUGCUGAACAACGUCCACGGUCCCAUUUGGUUGAAGGCAACGGCUAACAUUUCAGCUUUCUUGCAGACGAUCAUUGCUUUGCACAUCUUUGCAAGUCCAAUGUACGAGUAUUUGGACACCAAGUACGGAAUUAAAGGAAGUGCUCUAGCUCUACGCAACUUGUCUUUCAGAGUUCUAGUGAGAGGCAGUUACCUGGGAAUAACCACCUUCAUCUCAGCCUUGUUGCCGUUCUUGGGAGAUUUCAUGAGCCUCACCGGGGCUCUCAGCACCUUCCCUCUCACGUUCAUUCUUGCCAACCACAUGUAUCUGGUGGCUAAGAAACACAAGCUUACUUCGUUGCAGAAGAAUUGGCAUUGGCUUAACGUAUGCUUCUUCGGUUGCAUGUCUCUUGCGGCUGCGAUUGCCGCCUUGCGGCUGAUUGCCGUAGAUUCCAGUUUUUACCAUGUUUUUGCUGAUUUAUAACGCUCUAUUCAUUGAAGGGUUGCUACCUGUGAGCCCUCCAUUGCAUCUCAAUUGUAAUAUCCAUUUUCAUCAAGGUGCAACUGAAUUGUUAGUAUGUA